CAGAGGAGAGACUGCGACUGCCAAGCAUGGAGACUGGCACUUCCAGAGUACAGAGCAGAGACUGAGACUGCCAGGGCACAGAGCAGAGAUUGAGACUGCCAGGGCACAGAGCAUGGAAACUGGCACUUCCAAGGUACAGAGCAGAGAUACUAAGACUGCCAGAGCACAGAGCACAGACUAAGACUGCCAGGGUACAGAGCAGAGACUGGCACUACCAGGGCACGGAGCACAGACUGAGACUGCCAGGGAAUAGGGCAGAGACUGGCACUGCCAGGGCACAGAGCAGAAACUGGCACUACCAGGGCACAGACUGAGACUGCCAGCGUACAGAGCAGAGGCUGGCACUACCAGGGUACAGAGUUGAGAGACUGGCACUACCAUGCUACAGAGCAGAGACUGACAAGCACUGCUAGGGUAUAGAGCAGAGAGACUGAGACUGGAAGGGUGUAGAGCAGAGACUGGCAUUGCCAGGGCACAGAGAAGGAGACUGAGAUUGGCACUGUCAGGCACAGGAGACUGACACUACCGGGCAUAGAGCAGGGAGACAGUCAGGAACACAAUGGGAGACUGGCAGUGAGCAGAGUAGUCUAAGGUUGACACUGAGCACAGCAGUGCUAGCUAAGGCUGGCAGUAAGCAAGGGAGUCAGACUGAGGUUGUCAGAAGGCACAGCUAACCUACCUAAGGCUGGCAGGGGGCAGGGCAAUUCUCAGAGAGGUUGGCACUGUGCAGACCCCAGGAUUACAGACUGGGGCCCCCCGCACUCCUCUCUCUCAUGUAUCAAUGAAUUGCAGAGAGCAAUCUGCUCACAGGGCUGCACAGGGCAUGUCUGACAUGAAGUCAGUGCCCAGCGAUGCCUACAUGUCCCUGGCACAGAGUUAUGGGCAGACAUUCUAUGGAGCGCUCCGUGGGGCAGACAGUGUCCGAGGCUUCGCAGGGAAUUCCGUCCUGGACUUUAACUCCAGGGACAGCAGUGACGACCAGACCGGGGAGGACGACGACAGCUUGGAGCCUGGUGCCAAGGGUGGCUCUCAGUAUGACAAUGAGGGCAAGGGGUCCGGCAAAAAGCCCAGAGAGCCCCGUUCACUCAGACUCAGCAUUAAUGCCCGGGAGAGGAGGAGGAUGCAUGACUUGAAUGAUGCCCUGGAUGGCCUUCGCUCGGUUAUUCCCUACGCCCAUAGCCCAUCAGUCAGGAAACUAUCCAAGAUUGCCACACUGCUCCUGGCCAAGAACUACAUCCUCAUGCAAGCCCAGGCCUUGGAGGAAAUGAGGAGACUGGUGGCUUAUUUAAAUCAAGGUCAGACCCUCACCAGCUCUAUGACAAGCUCUCUGAACAGCACCCUGGCCCCCUUUGGACAGUCCUCUGUGUACACCUAUCCUGGGACCACUGUAGCCAGUACUAAUGAGAAAUGCACAGCAUUCCCUGCGGCCCCAUCCAACAUCUGUAAACAUUGUACAGACAAACCUUGAUGGACUCUUCUGUCCUAAAUUAGCACAGUCUUCAUCUUCUUCUGGACUCAUCUUCAACUGAUUCCACAGAAAUCGUCUUGUUCUUCAUUAUUUAUGAUAGCCUCUCCAGUACCAAUCCAACCACCUUCCUCUUUAGGAUGAAGUCCAACCACCUUCUUCUCCAGACACCAAGUCCAACCACCUUCUUCUCCAGACACCAAGUCCAACCACCUUCUUCUCCAGCACUAAAUUCAACCGCCUUCAUCUCCAGCACCAAAUCCAACUGCCUUCAUCUCCAAGUCCAACCAGCAAUGUGUCCAACCAGCUUCUUCUCAGGACCAGCUCCAAGAAUCUUGCUCUUCAGGACAGUCACCUUGGCCUCAGACCUGGGAUUUCCAGGUAUUGUCUGUUCUUAAUAGUUUUUAUAAGGAGCUCUUGUCAGCAUAAAUUCCUCAAUUCCUUUCUAACUGGUACUUUAACCCAUUCCCUACCUGAACUGUAAGCCAUUAGUCCGUCCAUGGCGUGUGACUUUCAGGAAUGGAAGCCUCGUCACUGAUUAUUGCAGAUGGUGUCCGUCUCAGUCACUCCCAUGUUCUGCAGGAAAU